AAGAUUCUAUUUGUCUAUUGAAUCCAUAAAAUCUUUUUCUGCGUUUCAGCUAAAAUGUGGCAAAAACUAAUUUAUGAUGGUUUUUCCUAAUUAUUUGAUGCGUACAGUGAUAUUUAUCAGUGAGAAUUCCCAUUAGUCAACAAGGAAUGGAGUUCAGUAGUUUGAUAUUACCUCUCACGAAAAAUAUUUGCCGUACGUGCCUACUAGAAUCCGAUGCUACAAUGUUUAUGAAUAUCCAAGAUCUUAUUGAACAUGAAAUGCACAAAGUGAAACUUAUCGAUAUUCUGGUAUUUCUCAAUUGUUUGGAGAAUAAUGAUGAAGACAACUGGCCUCAGGGAAUGUGUACAUCAUGUGUAUCCACUGCUUUGGUGGCUUAUAACUUUAAACUUAACUGCUUGAAAGCCAACACCACACUGUCUCAAAUUCUUACUAUACAAUCACCAAACAAUUUGCAGAGGUCAGACAUAGAUUCUAUUGAUAUCAAUGUAGUUUAUCAGGACCAUGAGUAUGACGUUCCACUCUUCAGCAAUCCUCCGGUGCUGGAUUAUGAUCAAUCAAUGACUGCCAACAAUAAUAAGGAAUUAACACCUUUGCCACCGGUCACUGAGAUUACUGCUACUGAGCAACCACCUAGGAAGGAGGGAGACAAAAGAUAUGCCUGCUCUGUCUGCUCAAAAUCGUUUACCCGAAUAUUUUCAUUGAGAUACCACAUGAAUAUUCAUACAGGUGUCCGUAAAUAUCUUUGUCCUAAGUGUGGAAAAAGGUUUCACGCUGCAAGCGGUCUGGCACAACAUGCAGUUUCACAUAGAGAUGUUGCUCAGUUUAAAUGUGGAUUUUGUAAUAAAACUUAUAAGGCUCGUCAAUCAUUGAAAAAGCAUUUUCGAAUUGCACAUUCAAGUAACCGUAAACAGUUUGUCUGUGUGACUUGUGGGAAAAGCUUUACAGCAAAGUCUACUCUGAUGGAACAUAUGAGGGGUCAUAACGGAGAGAACCGGUUUGCGUGCCCAAACUGUCCAAAGACCUACACAAGAGCAUCAUAUCUGAGAGCUCACAGUGUGGUCCAUUCAGGACAUGAAAGACCUAAACGGUUUAAAUGUGAUUACACAGACUGUGAAAGAAAUUUUGCCACAAAACAUUCCUUAGUGGUGCAUAUUGCGCACACACAUAACACUGAGAGACCUCAUAAAUGUGAUAUAUGCUUUAAAGGCUUUGCUACUCCACAUGGCAUGAAGGUCCACAGAGAAUGUCAUUACAGUAAGGAAAUGAGCUGUAACAUUUGUAAUAAAAAAUUCACUAACAAGAGGGUUCUGCAAAAGCACACCAGGGUGCACGAUGUGGAAGCUACAGACAUGAUCCUAGAGACUGUAGUUGAUAAUGUUUUCUUUGAUUAGGUAGGCAUAACAAUGAUUAAUGUGUGAUAUCUUCAACUUGUAUUGUUCAAUCACAACUAUGUUGAAAAACUUAUUCAAUAUUCAGUCAGUAUCCCAUCCCACCAUGUUAAUAAAUGUAAUUAAAAAUGAAUUGAUUAGAAUAAACAAUAGUUGUUUUAAUUUAUAAUACACAUUUACAAGAAUUUAGUUCAAAAAUUAAAUAUUUAGUAAAUGUUACAGUGUUAUCAGACUAACAAGGCCAACUCUAUUUGGAUAAUAAUGAGUAAAGUUUUAAUGAUCUGAUGUAACAACUUUAGUGCUCAAACAGUCAAACAUUAAAAUUGGGUUGAGGAUCAGAUAGGGAGAGUAAUUAAUAGUAUGCUGCAAAUCACUAUUUAAGUAUGGUUGAAUGUUGUUUGUUUGUUACACUAACAUUUAAAAACCAUGUUGAUCAAACUAUGUAGCCUAUAUUUUAAUAAUAAUUCCCUAUAAUUAAGGUCAACCAUCUCUCUCUUCAGAACUUUACAUAAACAAAGUGGUAGGUACUAGUAAAGUGAACAUAAUGAAAUAAC